AAAAAAAUCCACUCUUUCAAUACCCCUCGUUAUUUCUCACAAUACGUCAAAAGAAACCCUCUGAACGAUCUCCUCGAGUCAUCCUUUUAUCGUCUCGUACGUGCACUCAACAAAUUCCAUCGAUCAAUUAUAUCACAAUCUCUUCGUCCACGAUUACACGACUCCAUCCGGAAUAAACGCGCUCGAGGACGCGCCGCGGCGCCGAAACACGCACGGCACGCUUGAAACGCAACCACGGAGGCGACGCGACGUCUCGGCGCAGACGCCGUCACCACACUCGCGUACACGAGCGUCGUUCCGUUGAACCAUCCAGGAACAUCGACACUCGUGCGGCGACCGCGACCGCGACCGCCACCAAACCAAACUUCCGCGAUUUUGUUGACUUCCGCGCGCGGUUUCCGAUCGUGCCUCGAUCCUCCCACUCUCGUCUGUCGAUCGAUUUUCAUCCAUUACGAUGAUGAGCCAUCGCGCGCGCAUCGCUCGACGACACAAUCAUUAUCGCGGGAAUUUUCACGGUGCGACCAAGAAUUGAGAUCUUCUUGUGCGCGACACUGUUGACAUUGCGCUUUUGAUUCCCGUUUCAAUUGCUUCGACGCUCGUCACGGAUGUUUCUUUGGUACGGUGAAAACGAUGGAAGGAUGAGUGUCCAUGAAACGGUUUUGAUGAUUAGAAAAAUUAAUAUACGAAUCAACCAAAGCCAUCGACCGUCGCCACCAAACAACCAUCACAUUUCCGGCCGCUUGUUAUUCCGCGAAUUAGCGUCAGUCCGGUAUUAAUUAAUCCAUGAAUCGACACGACAAUAAUGAACGGGACAGGCGUCUAGAUCGAUCGAUCAUCGGCGGAAAUCAUCGGCGAUUUUUCCAAAGAUCUCGUCGAGAUGACAGUGAAGAAUUUCGAAAUUUGAAUUUUCCAAAAGUGAUAAAGUGAUAAAGAAACGAAAAGAGUCAAAGACACAUAUAUGUGUCACAAACAAAAGAGAAGUCUAGAGAGAAAUCAAAACGGAGAGUUGGGAAGGUGAUGGAAAUAGGAUUCGAGGAUUGAAAAGUUUUUCAAAGUGUCUAAAGUCAGGAAAAUUGACGGCGAAUGGGAAGAGCCAGGUAACGGAAAAACUUUGAAAGUAAAGUUGAAAACGUCGUAAGAAAUUGGUGGCAUAUUUCGACUGAUAUGUCUGUGCCCAUGACAAAGUAGAAGAAAGAACGAGUUGAGAAAUAGAAGGCGAAGAAAGAAAUGAGGGAGGAGAGUGCAACUGGAGGUGGUGGAAAAAAGUAAACAAACCUUUGUACAUAGGGGAGAAAGACGAGGAAAUCGAAUGAGAGAAACAAAGUGACAUUAAUAGCAAGGGAGAAAUCUUGACAGGAAGAAACGACCUUCGGGUAGAUAUCUAAUAAUAAAGAGACACGAGGCUGAAGGGAAUAUGAAGAGAAAGAAACAGGAUUAAGCGAUCGGGGCAAGAAAAGGACGACAAGGAGGAGUUUGUUGUGGCGAAAUCGUGGUGAAACGGAUAGAGACGCGAAAUUGAAGAUAGGGGAAAAAAAAAAAGAAAAAGAAAAAGAAGAAAGAUAUUCGAUCGAAUGAAUAACCGAGAUAUGAGUGGGUGGAAGCAUGAGAAUUCCAAGUGGAUGUCUUUUCUCGGCUACACGUUACAUCGGCCACCGGCACUCGCGUCACGUAUCCAUUGAGGGACAAAAAUGGGUGCCAACCAGUCACGGAACGAGCCUACUCCUGGGGAAGAAGUGAAUUUUGAUCACUUUCAGAUCCUACGCGCCAUCGGGAAAGGAAGCUUCGGAAAGGUGUGCAUAGUGCAGAAACGGGAUCGUACUGGAAACAUGUACGCGAUGAAGUACGUCCACAAGGGUGAAUGCGCGGCAAGGGGCGCGUUGAAGAACGUCGCGCGCGAAGUGGAAAUUCUCUCACAACUGGAACACCCCUUUUUGGUGAACCUGUGGUUCAGUUUCCAAGACGAAGAGGACCUCUUCAUGGUUUCCGACUUAUUGCUCGGCGGUGACCUGAGGUACCAUAUCCAACAAGAGGUCGUCUUCACGGAGGAGAGCAUAAUACUUUACGUCGCCGAGAUCGGUUUGGCUCUAGAUUAUUUGCAAAGUCACAAUAUCGUGCAUCGUGACAUAAAGCCUGAUAACAUCCUGCUGGACGAGGAAGGACACGCGCACGUGACAGAUUUCAACAUCGCAACCGUGCUGAAGGGUGGAGAAUUAGCUUCGUCGAUGUCAGGAACAAAACCAUACAUAGCUCCAGAAAUCUACAUGUGCUACUUGUCGGAGUACUGUACUCUUGGCUACAGUUAUGCCGUAGACUGGUGGAGUUUAGGAAUUCUUGCUUGGGAAACUCUCGCAGGAGAACGUCCUUAUCCCCUUUGUUCCACUACGACAUACAGAGAAGCUUUGGAGAUCCUUCAAGAUGAAAGGCCGAUGCCUACUGGCUGGAGUUCCACGAUAUGCGAGCUUCUGGACAGAUUGUUAACCUUGGCACCAGGAGCACGAAUAUCAACGUUAAAGGAAUUGAAGCAAGUGAACGCUAUGAAAGAGCUCGACUUUGACAAAGUGUUGAACAAGCAGAUUAAGCCAUCGUUCACACCGCCAAAGGAUCAUCUGAAUUGUGAUCCGACGUUCGAACUAGAGGAAAUGAUUAUUGAGACGAAACCGUUGCACAAAAAAAAGAAGCGUCUCGCGAAGCAAAGAUCGUUGAAAGUUGAUCAUCCACCCGAAGACACGGGGAUUGGAUUCGCGGAGGGUGCGGGACCAAGCGUCGAUUUUAGAAGAUUAACAUUCAUUCCGGAAUAUCGGGUGUACAAUCGAGAACGCGAGAUGGAGAGGAAAGAAAGGGGGAAAGAGAAACAGUGGGAGGAGGAUUUGAACACUGCCAUGAAGGGUGCCGAGGAAAGGCUGAAAACGAAACAACAGCCAGCACAGCAAACCGGAAAUCGAUUGAGCGUAUCAACUACUAACGUGAAGACACGCAUAAGUGCAUCCCCGAGACAAGGAAGACGAAUUAGCACUGCAACAUCGUCGGAUAUCGAUUAUAUCGAUGCAAGUCCCGAACCUUCCACAUCGUAAAUUCUUUCUGAACACUUUUUUAUGUGAAAAAAAUCAAAGUAUAUAAUGAACAGUUUAAACUUCGUUGAAAUUUACAUUUGUUCUCCGAUUUAGAGUGAAAUAUUUAUAAAAUUUAUUCUCGAUCGUGAUAAAUUUAAAUCUAGUCCUUUGACGAUCGACGGUUUUCUUUGAUUUCAGCAAUUAUUAGAAGUUAAUAUAAAGAUCAUGAAUUCAAUGAAAUAAUAAAAAAUUAGAAUUAUUAUUCAUUUCAUUUUUUUUUUUUUUUGGUAUUUUUUUUAAAUUACCGUGAUCACACGAAUACUACAAAGAAAAGAGACGAAUGUUUAAAAUAGCGUUAUAAAAGGUCUAUUUGCUGCAAACAAUGUUCAUUAAAUAAUUUCAUUUAUAUUAUAGUUUUCAUUGGAAAAAAGAAAUACUGGAUUAUUCGAUCUAUCAGCAUGGAUGUCGUAGCAAUUUAUGUUUUAUUACUGUUUUACUAUCAGAUGAUCACCGAUCAAUAUCCGUUUCUGCAAUAUAUAUAUAUAUAUUAUAUUAGAGAAUUCAUUUUAUUUUUCUUUAAUUUUUUUUUAUUUAUCAUCGUUAUUCGCGAUAAUCGUUGAUCAUGUGGCCGUCGUAGUCACAAGUCGCUCGACAGAAACGAAAUGUUUCCAUUUUCUUAAACGUUCGUAAUCCUAGCCUUAAUAUAUAUAAAAUAUUCGAAAUUUAUGAUUGAACGGUAGAAAAAGUUCAACAUAAAUUUUUGAAUAAUAAUUUUACAAAUAAUUCUGUUUUUCCAAAAAAAUUAAUAUGUAUCUCAAUCGAUUGAGAUCUCAUACUAUAUUUUAUUCUUUCUUAAAAAAAAAAUGUAUCGUUUAUUUUUAUAAAAAAACGAAAGAAGAAUAACUCGACCAAACUGAAGCCUUUUAAAGAGCAUUUUACCAAAACAAAAGCUUAGCAAAAGGAAGAAGAAAAAAGAAUUAUAAUAUUUUCUCUUCCUAGAUCUUACUUUUCUUCUG